AUGUAUGCCUACAGAAAGGUGUCAAGUAAAUUCAGCAACUGCAGUUAUAACCAAUAUUGGGCCAAUUCUUGGCGUACUAGGUUAUGUAUUUAUACUCCUCCACAGCCAGCGAAUAUCUUUAGACUUAAGUGCUGUGGCAACCGAGUUGUUGAAGAAGGAGAGGAGUGUGACUGUGGAAACAUACACCAGUGUACCAAAGAUCCUUGUUGUCUUUUAAACUGUCUCUUGAGUCCUGGAGCUUCUUGUGCUUCUGGACUUUGUUGCAAAGACUGCCAGAUCAUGCCAUCAGGGACUCUGUGUAGACAAGAGGUCAGUGAAUGUGACCUGCCAGAGUGGUGCAAUGGGACGUCCCAUCAGUGCCCAGAAGAUGUUUUUGUGCAGGAUGGGCUUCCCUGUAACGCCACUGCCUACUGCUAUAAAAAGACAUGUAGCAGUCAUCAUAUGCAGUGCAAGGAGAUUUUUGGCAAAGAUGCACACAGUGCAUCUCAGGGGUGCUACAAAGAAAUUAACACUCAAGGAAAUCAUUUUGGACACUGUAAUAUUGUAGGCACAAUCUAUGUGAAAUGUUUGACUGCUGAUAUGAUGUGUGGGAGAGUUCAGUGUGAAAAUGUACACGCCAUUUCUAAUCUGGUAGAACAUUCUACAGUGUAUCAGUUUCACCUGGAUAAUACUAGCUGCUGGGGAACGAAUUAUCAUUUAGGGAUGUCUAUACCUGAUGUUGGUCAAGUGAAAGACAGCACAAUGUGUGGUCCAGGAAAGAUCUGUAUCCAUAAGAAGUGUACUGUACCAAAGGCUAUGGAGGGAGUGAAGACAGUGGUCCACCUCCAGGGAACUUCUCAGAAGAAUCAAAUGCAAAGGACAACUCUAACCAACUUUUGUUACUGUUGCUCAUUCCUGUGA